GAGGGAGAGAGGGCGAGAAAGAAUCCAGACUGCACCGCUGGCCUGGUCUGCUAAUCUCGCUACCCCUCAAAAGGGAGGCGUUUUGAAUGCUGGUUUCUUAAAUUCUCCCUUGGCUUGGACUGAGGAGCCCUGGACCUUGGAGAAACUCUGCUCUUAAUUUCCAUACUGAUCACUCAACGGCGGAAAAUCGGAAGAGAUGCAAGUAGGAAAAAGAAACUAAACCAGGUCUGAGGAGCGAUGCGACAGGCAUGAUGGAGGUUGAGUCCUCCUACUCGGACUUCAUUUCCUGUGACCGGACAGGUCGUCGGAACGCAGUCCCUGACAUCCAGGGGGACUCUGAGGCUGUGAGCGUGAGGAAGCUGGCUGGAGACAUGGGCGAGCUGACACUCGAAGGAGCAGAAGGACAGACAGAGGCGGGCGCCCCAGACAAGGCAGCCAGCAGCCAGCCUGAGAGCAGCGAUGGGACCACCUCGUCUUGAGUCUGACCUUGCCCAUGGAGGAUGGAAAAGAGACCUGCUGUCCUUGCCUGGACUGGGAGCCCUGGCACUGGCCUGGCAGCCUCUUCUCUGAGCCCCGGUCCCAGGCAGGCCAGGGCAGAGUGAAAAGGCACCCCCAGAGGCCACCGUGGCCCCUUCCCUGGGAAGGCCCUCCACCUGCACCCUGAGGCUCCCCUCGCCCACCACCUCCUCACUGUGCCCAGGUACACUUCCAGGACCCCGCAGCUGUGGGGCAUUAUUUAUUCAGUGGGUGCCUGAGCAGCCCCCCCAAGAACGCAACUCCAGAGGUGGCCUGGGCAGCAACCCCAGC